AUGGUUCUAAUGAUGGAAUCGCAAUGCGAGUAUUUUAUGUAUUUCCCUGCCGUUCCCAUCACGGACCUUUCCGACCCGUCAAAAUACCGAACUCUCCCCCGUCGCAGUCACCUCUAUCUCGGCGAGACGGUGCAGUUUUUGUUGGUCCUGCGGUCCAGAGAUGAAAGGUCGGGCUCGGGCGAGACAAAGGGAAGUGGGGAUAGUGACAGCGGUACCCGGGCUUGGAAGGAGCUGGUAGGGUCCCUCUCCGCUGUAGCAAGUGUCUGCCCCGGCGAGAGCCGACAUCGCUCUCAACUUCACCCCCAUGAGUUCCAGAGAAGCUACAGCGACGACGGUGCAGACGAGGACCCCGACGAGGUUGACUUUGCUGUGGGUACAUCCCAUAUAGGCAGGAGGGAGUCCAGGAACCGAGGCUUCAGAGAAUGCAAGCCGCUUCUCAUUCACAAUAACACGGGGAUUGAUGGGCGGCAGUAUCGGCGGGCACCGGUGCAGGUAAUAUGAAAUAAUGAAUGACAGUCGGGUAAUAAGUGGAAGGGUAAGAGGGGUCCGUAAGUGGACUAAGCAUGGCCAGUUUAUUGUAUUUUACAAUAGGCUACGUGUACACCUCUUGUGUGCAAUAGGAAGUGCUGCCAUUCAAAUGUAAAUGUAUUGAGCUGAUAAGAAAGUGCAGCUGCUCAUGCAGCAGAAUCACACAUAUAAACCACAACCAAAGUCAACCAGACCUUUUUCAACUUCCUGCAUGCACUGACUCAACAAGCCAAAAUACUGUCUCACUCUGACUAAGACAACUUAUUGUGAUCUGCAGUACAGGCUGGUGCUAGCUAGUAGUUACUGAUGACAUACAAGACGCCUCAAGCUUGUGAGCCUCAGCACUGUUACGAUUUGUCUGAACUUGACUUUGAGAGAGAGAAGGGCUUGUGGAAUAUUUGCUCGCCAUUCCAUGUUAUUAAGCUGCUCAGUGCCAGUGCAGACAGACAAAAACAACCCACUCAUAUUUUCAGAGAAGUCAUACCACCUCUCAUAACACAGCAGCUCAUAGCCAAACAAAUGAACCUUGAGGUGUUGGCAAUGCUGCAAGAUAACACCCACUAUGACAGUUAAUAGGAAAUGUGGGCAAAAUAAUGGGAAUGGAUUGUUGUAUUUGUGGCAGUCAUUCACACUUCCAUUUGCCAUGUCAUUUGUGAAAGAUCAUAUUUGACCAUCAUACACUGCUGAUGUGGGAGAGUGGAUAGCAGCAGUGACUCACAUCCGUAUCGAUAAUCUAUAGUCCAAAUAAAUCCUUAUUCUUUCUCUUUGUGAGAGCCCAUUGUUUACAUAAUCUCUCUCUGUGUGGCACAGACACACAUACACAUUUGCACACACACACACACAUAAUAUAAUUUUUCUGUCUCGUCCUCUCUCUCCUAGUCACCCAUGGACAAGCCAGUGGUACUGAACAAUGAGGUCAUCUUCCCUCUGACCGUCUCAUUGGACAAACUCCACGUCAACACACUCAAGGUCAAGGUGAGAGUGUGUGUGUGUGUGUGUGUAUGUAUGUGUGAUCCGAUCGUAGUGACUCUAUUCAUGUUCAUAACCUUGCCAUAACCUGUGUAUUCCUGUCUGUCAGAUCGUAGUGACUCUAUUCAUGUUCAUAACCAUCGCAAUAACCUGUGUAUUCCUGUCUAUCAAUCAAUUUUUCAAUCAAUUUUAUUUUAUAUAGCCCUUCUUACAUCAGCUAAUAUCUCGAAGUGCUGUACAGAAACCCAGCCUAAAACCCCAAACAGCUAGUAAUGCAGGUGUAGAAGCACGGUGGCUAGGAAAAACUCCCUAGAAAGGCAAAACCUAGGAAGAAACCUAGAGAGGAACCAGGCUAUGAGGGGUGGCCAGUCCUCUUCUGGCUGUGCCGGGUGGAGAUUAUAACAGAACCAUGCCAAGAUGUUCAAAAAUGUUCAUAAGUGACAAGCAUGGUCAAAUAAUAAUCAGGAAUAAAUCUCAGUUGGCUUUUCAUAGCCGAUCAUUAAGAGUUGAAAACAGCAGGUCUGGGACAGGUAGGGGUUCCAUAACCGCAGGCAGAACAGUUGAAACUGGAAUAGCAGCAAGGCCAGGCGGACUGGGGACAGCAAGGAGUCACCACGGCCGGUAGUCCCGACGUAUGGUCCUAGGGCUCAGGUCUCUCAGUUGGCUUUUCAUAGCCGAUCAUUAAGAGUUGAAAACAGCAGGUCUGGGACAGGUAGGGGUUUCGUAGCCGCAGGCAGAACAGUUGAAACUGGAAUAGCAGCAAGGCCAGGCGGACUGGGGACAGCAAGGUGUCAUCAUGCCCGGUAGUCCUGACGUAUGGUCCUAGGGCUCAGGUUCUCAGAGAGAAAGAGAGAACGAGAGAAUUAGAGAGAGCAUACUUAAAUUCACACAGGACACUGGAUAAGACAGGAGAAGUACUCCAGGUAUAACCAACUAACCCCAGCCCCCCGACACAUAAACUACUGCAGCAUAAAUACUGGAGGCUGAGACAGGAGCGGUCCGGAGACACUGUGGCCCCAUCCGAAGAAACCCCCGGACAGGGCCAAACAGGAAGGAUAUAACCCCACCCACUCCGCCAAAGCACAGCCCCCGCACCACUAGAGGGAUAUCCCCAACCACCAACUUACAAUCCUGAGACAAGGCCGAGUAUAGCCCACAGAGGUCUCCACCACAGCACAAACCAGGGGGGGGGGCGCCAACCCAGACAGGAAGAUCACGUCAGUAACUCAACCCACUCAAGUGACGCACCCCUCCCAGGGACGGCAUGAAAGAGCACCAGCAAGCCAGUGACUCAGCCCCUGCAACAGGGUUAGAGGCAGAGAACCCCAGUGGAGAGGGGAACCGGCCUGGCAGAGACAGCAAGGGCUGUUCGUUGCUCCAGCCUUUCCGUUCACCUUCACACUCCUGGGCCAGACUACACUCAAUCAUAUGACCUACUGAAGAGAUAAGUCUUCAGUAAAGACUUAAAGGUUGAGACCGAGUCUGCAUCUCUCACAUGGGUAGGCAGACUGUUCCAUAAAAAUGGAGAUCUAUAGGAGAAAGCCCUGCCUCCCGCUGUUUGCUUAGAAAUUCUAGGGACAAUUAGGAGGCCUGCGUCUUGUGACCGUAGCGUACGUAUUGGUAUGUACGGCAGGACCAACUCGGAAAGAUAGGUAGGAGCAAGCCCAUGUAACGCUUUAUAGGUUAACAGUAAAACCUUGAAAUCAGCCCUUGCCUUAACAGGAAGCCAGUGUAGGGAAGCUAGCACUGGAGUAAUAUGAUCAAAUUUCUUGGUUCUAGUCAGGAUUCUAGCAGCCGUAUUUAGCACUAACUGAAGUUUAUUUAGUGCUUUAUCCGGGUAGCCGGAAAAUAGAGCAUUGCAGUAGUCUAACCUAGAAGUAACAAAUGCAUGGAUUAAUUUUUCUGCAUCAUUUUUGGAUGUAUAACUUGUGUAUUCCUGUCUAUCUCAGAUCGUAGUGACUCUAUUCAUGUUCAUAACCUUGCCAUAACUUGUGUAUUCCUGUCUAUGUCAGAUCGUAGUGACUCUAUUCAUGUUCAUAACCUCACCAUAACCGGUGUAUUCCUGUCUAUGUCAGAUCGUAGUGACUCUAUUCAUGUUCAUAACCUCGCCAUAACUGGUGUAUUCCUGUCUAUGUCAGAUCGUAGUGACUCUAUUCAUGUUCAUAACCUUGCCAUAACCUGUGUAUUCCUGUCUAUGUCAGAUCGUAGUGACUCUAUUCAUGUUCAUAACCUCGCCAUAACCAGUGUAUUCCUGUCUAUGUCAGAUCGUAGUGACUCUAUUCAUGUUCAUAACCUUGCCAUAACCGGUGUAUUCAUGUCUAUGUCAGAUCGUAGUGACUCUAUUCAUGUUCAUAACCUCGCCAUAAACCUGUGUAUUCCUGUCUAUGUCAGAUCGUAGUGACUCUUCAUGUUCAUAACCUUGCCAUAACCUGUGUAUUCCUGUCUAUGUCAGAUCGUAGUGACUCUAUUCAUGUUCAUAACCUCGCCAUAACCGUGUAUUCCUGUCUAUCUCAGAUCGUAGUGACUCUAUUCAUGUUCAUAACCUUGCCAUAACUUGUGUAUUCCUGUCUAUGUCAGAUCGUAGUGACUCUAUUCAUGUUCAUAACCUCACCAUAACCGGUGUAUUCCUGUCUAUGUCAGAUCGUAGUGACUCUAUUCAUGUUCAUAACCUCGCCAUAACUGGUGUAUUCCUGUCUAUGUCAGAUCGUAGUGACUCUAUUCAUGUUCAUAACCUUGCCAUAACCUGUGUAUUCCUGUCUAUGUCAGAUCGUAGUGACUCUAUUCAUGUUCAUAACCUCGCCAUAACCAGUGUAUUCCUGUCUAUGUCAGAUCGUAGUGACUCUAUUCAUGUUCAUAACCUUGCCAUAACCGGUGUAUUCAUGUCUAUGUCAGAUCGUAGUGACUCUAUUCAUGUUCAUAACCUCGCCAUAACCUGUGUAUUCCUGUCUAUGUCAGAUCGUAGUGACUCUAUUCAUGUUCAUAACCUUGCCAUAACCUGUGUAUUCCUGUCUAUGUCAGAUCGUAGUGACUCUAUUCAUGUUCAUAACCUCGCCAUAACCGGUGUAUUCCUGUCUAUCUCAGAUCGUAGUGACUCUAUUCAUGUUCAUAACCUUGCCAUAACUUGUGUAUUCCUGUCUAUGUCAGAUCGUAGUGACUCUAUUCAUGUUCAUAACCUCACCAUAACCGGUGUAUUCCUGUCUAUGUCAGAUCGUAGUGACUCUAUUCAUGUUCAUAACCUCGCCAUAACUGGUGUAUUCCUGUCUAUGUCAGAUCGUAGUGACUCUAUUCAUGUUCAUAACCUUGCCAUAACCUGUGUAUUCCUGUCUAUGUCAGAUCGUAGUGACUCUAUUCAUGUUCAUAACCUCGCCAUAACCAGUGUAUUCCUGUCUAUGUCAGAUCGUAGUGACUCUAUUCAUGUUCAUAACCUUGCUAUAACCGGUGUAUUCAUGUCUAUGUCAGAUCGUAGUGACUCUAUUCAUGUUCAUAACCUCGCCAUAACCUGUGUAUUCCUGUCUAUGUCAGAUCGUAGUGACUCUAUUCAUGUUCAUAACCUUGCCAUAACCUGUGUAUUCCUGUCUAUGUCAGAUCGUAGUGACUCUAUUCAUGUUCAUAACCUUGCCAUAACCGGUGUAUUCAUGUCUAUUUCAGAUCGUAGUGACUCUAUUCAUGUUCAUAACCUCGCCAUAACCUGUGUAUUCCUGUCUAUGUCAGAUCGUAGUGACUCUAUUCAUGUUCAUAACCUCGCCAUAACCUGUGUAUUCCUGUCUAUGUCAGAUCGUAGUGACGGUGUGGAAGCAGGAGAAGGAGAAUGUAGAGAUCAGGGAACAUGGUUACCUCACCAUCCUACAGCUGAGGAGCCCCAGACACACCUUCAGACAGGACCUCAACACCUUCAAGGCCCAGGGUACACACAAACACACACACAUGCCUUUGAAAUUCAAAAAACAUAAUACAUCAUAUUCGCAUUCAAUUAAAGAUUGUACAGAAUGGUUUUUGACAAAUAUCUCUCUCUCUCUCUCCUGGUGCCCCUCUCUCCCUCAUCUUCCCCCUCUCUGUCCAGUCAGCACCACCCUGAGUGUUCUUCCUCCUCCGACUGUGAAAUGUCAACAGAUUACCGUCUCUGGGAAGCACCUAACCGUUCUCAAAGGUAGGGAGCUGGGGAGGUCAAACUUUGUUACACUGAAGAACAAACACUAUGGACCCUAGUUAUAGCCUAUAAAUGGUAGGGGGUUGUUUGUGGAUUUAGAAUGGUCUCACACUAUUUCUUCUUAACCCUAGACUCAUUGGGUGCUUUCUAUUCUCAGAUUUGUUAAGUCUCACUCUUACCCUAUUCUGAAGCAGAGCCAAGAGCUCCUGACUUCUGAACAAAGUAAAGAUUGAAACAAGCUUGGCUGGUUUAUGGAAGUGCUUAGGCAUAUAAGUCCACUGAAGUCCAUGCUAGUCCUCAGCACAGGGAUAAGCUCAAUAACAACCCUCUCGUGUGUGUGUAAAAUCCUUUUAAUUCUUUGGAAUUAAUCAGAGCCAUGUAUUUAGAGAUUUGGGCCAACUUUAAGAAUUUUGAAUAUUGUUCUAAUUCUAGAACUUCAGUUGCAUAGCAUUAUUUAUAUUCAUUUUACAUUUUACAUAUUCCCAAUGUAAUGUUAAUGGGGCGCUAACAUGGCUGCCAUAGAAUGUUGGUGUGUCAUGUAAAUGCAUCAUAAUGCAGAAACCUCAGUCUAUCUAAAUACAUGGCUCUGGAAUGAAUCAACCAGGAAGGUUAAUCACUUGCUGGUGUCCAGUCUGAUCUGGUGGCAGUACUGUAGCUGCUUUGGUAAUGCCCUAGUGGAGGAGUGCCAAAUGAAGGUUCAUGGUUGGUCCUGUGUGGCUCAAUUGGUAGAGCAUUGCACCUGCAAUGCUAAGGUUGUGGAUUUCGAUUCCCGCUUAGGCCACCCAUAUGGGAAAAUUAUGCACUCACUGUUGUAAGACGCUUUUGAAAAAAGUGUUUGAUAAAUGCCAUAUUUGUUAUGUUCUAUCCUGUUUGAAAGCAAAGUGCUCAAGCUAGUGGUUAUGUUAACACAGUCUUGGUUUAUUAACAGCAACAGAGAGCAAAAUAUGACAAAUCAAGUACUUUAGCCUCGCUGCCACUGUGUUACUACAUUGUUAUGCAAUAGCUCAUAAGUGUAAUGGCUCAUACAUGAUGCUCAUACGUGAUGUGUGUGCUAAUGACUAAAAUGUAAAAUGUAAGAGUAAGAGCACCCUCUGAAAUUACCCUGUAUUGUCUUAAAGGGAUAGUGCGACAUUUUGACAAAUACAGUGCCUUCAGAAAGUAGACCUAUUCAUACCCCUUGACUUAUUCCACAUUUUGUUGUGUUACAGCUUGAAUUCAAAAUUGAUUAAAUAUGUUUUUUCUCACCCAUCUACACACAAUACCCCAUAAUGACAAAGUGAAAACAAGUAUUUUUUAUACAUUUUUGUAAAUGUAUUGAAAAUAAAAUACAGAAAUAUCUCAUUUACAUAAACAUUCACACCCCUGAGUAAAUACAUUUUGAAGCACCUUCUGGCAGCGAUUACAGCUUUGAGUCUUUUUGGUUAAGUCUCUAAAAGCUUUCCACACCUGGAUUGUGCAAUAUUUGCCCAUUUAUUAUUUUCAUAAUGUGUUGUUUAUCAUUGCUUGACAACCAUUUUGCCUGUGCUUAGCUCCAUUCUGUUUUUUUUUUAUCUUGAGAAACUCACCAGUCCUUAAUGAUUACAAACAUACCCAUAACAUGAUGCAGCCACCACCAUGCUUGAAAAUAUGGAGAGUGGUACUCAGUAAUGUGUUUUACUGGAUUUGCCCCAAACAUUACACUUUGUAUUCAGGACAAAAAGUGAAUUGCUUUGCCUCUUUAUUUGCAGUAUUACUUUAGUGCCUAGUUGCAAACAGGAUGCAUGUUUUGGAAUAUUUGUAUUCUGUACAGGCUUCCUUCUUUUCAUAAUAUUAACCUAUUUGACAGACUGAAAAGAAGGAAGCCUGUACAGAAUACAAAUAUUCCAAAACAUGCAUCCUGUUUGCAACUAGGCACUAAAGUAAUACUGCAAAUAAAGAGGCAAAGCAAUGUUGUUGAUCCAUCCUCAGUUUUCUUCUAUCACAGCCAUUCAACUAGUUUUAAAGUCACAAUUGGCCUCAUGGUGAAAUCCCUGAGCGGUUUCCUUCCCCUCUGGCAACUAAGUUAGGAAGGACGCCUGUAUCGUUGUAGUGACUGGGUGUAUUGAUACACCAUCCAAAGUGUAAUUACUAACUUCACCAUGCUCAAAGGGAUAUUCAAUGUCUGCUUUUUGUUUUUACCCAUCUACCAAUAGGUGACCUUCUUUGCGAGGCAUUGGAAAACCUCCCUGGUCUUUGUGGUUAAAACUGUGUUUGAAAUUCACUGCAGAUAAUUAUAUGUGUGGGUACAGUGAUGAGGUAUUCAUUCAAAAAUCAUGUUAAACACUAUUAUUGCACACAGACUGAGUCCAUGCAAUUUAUGUGACUUGUUAAGCACAUUUUUUCCCCCCUGAACUUAUCUAAGCUUGCCAUAACAAAGGGGUUGAAUACUUAUUGACUCAAGACAUUUCAUAUUUUCAUUCUUAAUUAAUUUGUACACAUUUAGAAAAACAUAAUUCCACUUUGACGUCAUGGGGUAUUGUGUGUAGUCCAGUGACCAUUUUUUUUUUUAAUUUAAUCAAUUUAAAAUUCAGGCUGUAACACAACAAAAUGUGGAAAAAGCCAAGGGGUGUGAAUACUUUCUGAAGGCAUUGUAAGCCCUUUUUCCCACUUACACAGAGUCAGAUUAACUCAUGCAUACCAUUUUUAUGUCUCUAUAAAUACAUACACAAACCCCACUAACAACAUCCACAUCCCAUUAAAGGAAUAGUGCGACAUUUUGGCAUCUGAGUGCAGUUUGAAGGAAGUUGAAGGUAGUAUGCUAGCAGUUCCUGUAGACUUUCAGUCAUUGCACUAACUCUAGUUAGCUGUGGCUCCAGAAACAACCUUCACCUUCCUUCAAACUGCACGCAGAGAAACUGCACUCAGUUACCAAAAUGUCGCACUCUUCCUUUAAUGAGGUGGGGUUUGUGUAUGUAUAUAAAUAUUGUCCUAUGGUAGUGAUUCCAUUGGUUUAGGAGACAAUACUACCAUGACAUCACUUAAACUUCUCAUUCUCUCUGUUUUCCUGUUCCUGUCUCUCUUUUUUAUAUCUCCCACCUCUCCCUCCCCCUCCCCCCCCCUUCCACCUUCCUGUCCCCCAGUAUUAAACUCCAGUUCCCAGGAUGAGGUGUGUGUUAGCAAUGUGAGGGUUGUUCCUAACUUCAACGCGUCCUAUCUCCCCAUGAUGCCUGAUGGCUCUGUCCUCCUAGUGGACAAUGUCUGGUAAUUACAGAUUAGGAUUUUGGGACCCCCAAUCCCAACCUUAACCAUUUAGAAUGUAAUGCUAAACUGGCCUUCGUCAGUGUCUGGUAAACAAGUGUUUGAAAGAUGUAAUGUCUGUCUAAAUAUUGUCAGUUUCUUAAACUGCUGUUAAAUAAAAUGAGCUUGAUCAGAAUGUAAAAAGUACCACUUUUUGUAACCAUGCCAACAACAUCCUGUACUGCCUGUCUGCAGCCACCAAUCAGCAGAGGUUGCCAUGGGGUCGUUCCACAGAAUGAACAGUAGCUCCUCCCACCUUCCCAGCAUGCUCUCUGCCCUGGAAGAGCAGAACUUCCUGUUUCAGCUGCAGCUCAGAGACCUGCCAGAGGAAGAGUCCAGCGAGGUGAGAGUGGGGGAUGAGUCUCAAUUGGGCAUAAGUCUGACCUCUCCUUGAAUCCUUCCCUGAAACCGAUAAGUGGUCAAUGCUUGUGGAGAGUGUCAAUUCAUUAUUAGGCGAAUGGAGGAUUAUGCUCACCUCCUUGAUUACCAAAUUCGGCAGAGGAUCCACAAGAGUAUCCUCAAGGAGGCUUAGUGCAGAAGUGUUUAAACAUUGGACACUCCCCCUUUGAAUCAGCUGUUGUUUUCUCAAAUGAGAAAAGCAUGCACACAUUUAAAAACUAAACGCUACUUAUCCUUUUAUCUAGAAAAUGUCUUGCACAACUAGCUACAUUUUGUUUUUAAUCGCUUUACACAUUUAUUUUGGGGUUCCACCCCUGUAAACGUCAUUUGCCUGAUGACGCGCGAGUGAGGGAAUGGCGGCAGGGAUGUAGUCAGUGAAGAGCAGCGUUGCAAGCCAGGUGAGUCGAUUCCGGGGCAGUAAAAAAAAAAAAAAAUUAUCACUAAUGUAAGUCCUCUGGUAAGGUCUGCUAAAUGAUAAAAGAAUGAAUGAUUGGGGUUACCGUAAACGCAUGCUGAUGACCGAGUGCAGAGUCUUCAUAAGGUAUUGUUCCCCGUUUCUUUCAAAGCAGCGAGGAGAUGUUCACGAAACAUUAGGAGGAGGAGGGGAGGAGGUGGGAGCGAUGAAGAAAGAAGAAUGGUAAUUCAAUCAUAGUCCUUACAAGGGAGGAGGAGUGUUAGUGAGUAAUCCCGCCAUAUAUAUAAGCGGAGUACCACUUUGCCACGAUUAGCAUCAAGUUUUGGAGAUCGGAGACAAAGUCCCCAUGUCGUUGCCUACUCGGGACACACGGCCGUCACGGACGCUCGUUUAAUGUGAGCGGGUCAGAGACGCAAUCUGAGGGCUACCGAUCUCGUCUCUGAGCAGUCCCAGAUGUCCCAAUAAUUUCAAACAGGUUUGAUUUUAUCAGCACAAAAUCUGCAAUGCUCUUGUAGUGUGAGAUGUGCAACGACAGGUUUUGAGAACGGUGAUCAGCAAUAGCCAAUGAGAGCUCGCCAGAGAAGAAACCAGUGAGAUGAUGACGUUGUUUCGCUUCAUCCAGAAUGUGUAGACUAGAGCAGGAGCGAUGAUUACUACUAGUAUGCGUUCGUACUUGCCUUUAACCAAAGUCAAAGUGUCAUCGUUACAUCUUUGACGUUCACAAGCGAUGUUAUUCAAUUCAAAAUGUUGGCUAUAUAUUUAAACUCUGUAUGGCAAGCGUGAAUGUCUGACUGAAAACGUUUAUGAGGCUGCUUUGAGCCACAACUCGUAGCUAAGUUAAAUCUAAUCACAUCAUUGUUUUAGCGAGACAGCACGGUACGGAGAAUCCUCACGACCAAGUGAAGAAUCGUCUAGUGUGUGACCCCCGUCUGUGCCACUACGUUGGCAAGAUGACAAAAAUCGACAGGAAAGAUCGCAGUUUAAUGUGAGAGGCUCAGCGAUUUAAGGAUUUUAAAAGUUGUGUAGUGUACACCCGGCAUUAGCGUGAGAUCAUCUCAACUGUCUUAGAUUAAACAUAUGCAUGAUAGAUAUGCCAACAAUGUCCUUAUGUCUACAGCAUGCUAUCAUGUGAGGAAUGUGUUUUUAUUUCUACUUUAGGGUCUGGAGGUUCCAUUGGUAGCUGUGCUGCACUGGUCUACCUCUAAGCUUCCCUUUACCAGGUAGGCCUACAUCUACUGAUAUAUAGAACUACCUCAUAAUCAAUAGAACUACCCCACAUAAUCACUAGAACUACCUCAUAAUUAAUAGAACUACCCAACAUAAUCACUAGAACUACCUCAUAAUCACUAGAACUACCUCAUAAUCACUAGAACUACCUCAUAAUCACUAGAACUACCUCAUAAUCACUAGAACUACCCCACACACUCACUAUACCUGUUCCAUUAUAACUACAAGCCUUCCCUUCACCAGAUACAUGUGCACCCAGUAUUAGUUGGAACUAUCCCAUAAUAACUACUCUCCAUUAACUACUUAACUGUCCAAAUAUACCUACCUCAUUACUACCUUAUUUUAACUACUUCAUUUCCCAUCCCCAGGUACAUUUCGACUCACUACCAGCUGCCCAGCGUGAGACUGGACCGCCCCCGUUUGGUGAUGACAGCUUCCUGUCCGAGUGCCGUGAGGCCGCAGGAGCACUUCCGGGUCAAAUACACCCUCCUCAACAACCUGCAGGACUUCCUGGCUGUACGCCUGGUCUGGACACCCGAAGGUGAGAGGAGAGGGAGGGAGAGGAGAUGUAAUAAUUAUGGAGGGGGAUGGUGGACAGAUGAGGAAGAGAGAUGGAGAAUUUUCAGGGUGGAAAGAGUGUGAUCGAGCAAGAGAGAGUGGAAGAGGGAUAGAAAGAGACAGAGGGAAGAUGGGAGGGAAGUGAGCGAAAAAGAAUGGAGAGAUAAAAGGAGAGGGGGAGGGAGGGAGAGGGAGAGGGGGAGAGAGAGAGAGAAGUGAGGGGGAGAGAGAGGAGGGAGGGGGGAGAGAGAGAGGGAGGGGGGGGGAGAGAGAGGGGAGGGGGAGAGGGAGAGGGAGAGAGAGAGGAGGGAGGGGGAGAGGGGGAGAGAGAGGAGGGGGGAGGAGAGAGGGGAGAGAGCGGGAGGGGAGAGGAGGAGGGGGGAGAGGAGAGGGAGGGGGGGAGAGAGAGAGGGGGGAGAGAGAGAGAGAGAGGGAGGGGGAGAGAGAGGAGAGAGGAGAGGGAGGGGGGAGAGAGAGAGGGAGGGGGAGGGAGGGAGAGAGAGAGAGGGAGGGGGGGAGAGAGAGGAGAGAGAGGGAGGGGGGAGAGAGGGAGGGGGAGAGGAGGAGAGAGAGGGGGGGGGGGGAGAGGGGAGAGAGGGAGAGAGAGAGGGAGGGGGAGGGGAGAGGGGAGAGGGAGGGGAGGGAGGGGGAGAGAGGGGGAGGGGGGAGAAGAGGGGAUGGGGGAGAGGAGGGGGGAGAGAGGGAUGGGGGAGCGGGAGGGAGGGGGGGAGGGAAGGAGGGCGGGGGAGAGAGAGGGAGGGAGGGCGGGGGAGAGAGAGGGAGGGAGGGAGGGCGGGGGAGGGCGGGGGAGAGAGGGGGGGGGGGGGAGAGGGAGGGAGGGCGGGGGAGAGAGAGGGAGGAGGGGGGGAAAUAAUCACUUUAGGUUAUAUUAUAUUGCUCUCUCCUUGGGUAAACUAAACACCACCUCUCUCCCUUCCUCCAUUCUCACCCCCUUCCUCCCCCCAGGUCGUGGUCGUCAGGACCCGUCAGUGAGUUCUGUGGUGUGUCACUCCCCCCUCAACAACUUGGGACAGUGUCGGAAAGGAUCCACCCUCUCCUUCACAGUCGCCUUCCAGAUACUCAAGGCAGGACUCUUUGAGGUACCAGUACACACACAGAGAGAGAGAGGGUCUGUGUGUCUUGUGUUUCUCCGAUUUGGCAUACCAAACAUUACUCACUCACACACCCUCCUCUUCCUCUCCAGUUAAGCCAGCACAUGAAGCUGAAGCUCCAGUUCACUGCGUCCUGUUCCAACCCUUCAGCUGAGGCCAGACCCAUGUCUCUGUCCCUGUCCCGUAACAACUCUGCUGUUAGAGACGUGUUGGACAGACAGAGUCUGGGACGGUCACAGAGCUUCUCCCACCAACAACCCUCACGGUCACAUCUUAUGAGGUAGGAGACACAGUCACCAGUGAAAGUCUACACACCCCUUGCACGGUGUUCACAUUUUUGCGGCCUUAAAAUUCAAUCUAAAAAGGAAAAUCAUUUGAUUUUUUUACCCUACUGAUCUACACAAUCUACUCCACAAAUUCUUAACAAUUAUAGAACGUUUUCCAAAUUAAUAAAACAUAAAAAACAAAAAAAGGUAUCUUGAUUGUGUAUGGAUAUAAUUUCUCAUUCACUUUGAGAAUGUACAGCAGGUUGUGUAGAUCGGGAGGAAAAACAUCAAAUGUAUUCCCUUUUUAGAUUUCAUUUUAAGGCAGAACACACGUAGACACACACACACAUUAGCAUUCAAUCAAACACACACACACACACAUUAGCAUUCAAUCAAACACACACACACACAUUAGCAUUCAAUCAAACACACACACACAUUAGCAUUCAAUCAAACACACACACACACACAUUAGCAUUCAAUCAAACACACACACACACAUUAGCAUUCAAUCAAACACACACACACAAACAUUAGCAUUCAAUCAAACACACACACACACAUUAGCAUUCAAUCAAACACACACACACACAUUAGCAUUCAAUCAAACACACACACACACAUUAGCAUUCAAUCAAACACACACACACACACAUUAGCAUUCAAUCAAACACACACACACACACCCAACCACACUAAUCCCCAAGUUCUGGCAGUGACUCUCUGACCCUCUGACCUCUCUGGCCCUCUGACCUCUCUGACUCUCUGACCUCUCUGACCCUCUGACCUCUCUGACCUCUCGGACUCUCUGACCUCUCUCCUAAUCAUCCCCAUCUUGUGUGUGUGUGUUUGUCCGUCUGUUGUGUUUGUCUGUAUCUGUCCAUGUGUGUGUCUGUUCCAGGACGGGCAGUGUUAUGGAGCGCCGGGCCAUCACUCCUCCAGUGGGAUCACCAGUGGGUCGACCCCUCUACCUUCCGCCCGAACGCCCCGUCCUCUCACUGGACAAGAUCGCCAAGAGAGAGUGUAAGGUACUGGUGCUGGACCUUGGAAGAGACUGGGAGAGCGAGGGAGGGAGGGUUGGAGGAACG